CAACCCUCAAUUUGCGCACUUGGUUAAACCAAACCUUGCGCAUCAUCCGAGUCUGAGGAGACCUGAGGCAGACUUUGAUAGAAUUUGAACUUGUUGCGAAAGGUUGGCGUUUAUACAGCAGAACAACCCACAUGCAGCUUGAUGCAUGAUCACUUUAUGAUACCACUUUCUUUUCUCAUCGGCUGGCUUUCCUAUCCCAAGAUGUCAUGUCAUGUCAGGUUCAUGGUUUUAGCGGCCCGUCAAUAUCAUCGGGCAGGCGUUCAUGCUUUCAGGCGUUACAUAAAACUCGACUCGAUAUUACGGUGCAGAUGCCCAUCGUGGCGCACAUUAUGUUUAUUUUAUUAUGAGUACACAGACAACUACUUUACUACUAUCAAUUUCGUAUUCCUGACGAGCGUGACGGUGCUCCGUUACAUCCCACUCAAAGAGAGUAGACGAGCAGCCAUUUGAAGGUUUCUAGCUAAACGCUUGCAUGCCAGCAACUGCGCUCAAGACGUUUGGUAUACCCAAUGCCCUUGUUCUUCUUGGGCUGACGUUGUACAUGAUGCGAUAAUGUACAGCUAUAUAUAUAUACACAUGUUACACGGCAAAU